UACCGAGUGUGAUUUAGAGAGAGAGAGAGAGGAGAGAGAAAGAGAGAGUGAGAGAAGUGAAGAUGUCAGGUUGGGACGAGGGGGCGAUCUUCUACAGCGACCAAGCGCAGUUCCCCCGCGGCGGCGGCGGUGGCGGUGGCGGAGAUCCAGAGCAGGCGGCGAGCCGCCACACCAUCCUCCGCAAAUUCAAAGAGUUCAUACGAAGCUACGCACGCAAAGACCAUCCCAAUGUCUUCCUCUACAGAGAAAGCCUCGUUCAAAACCCUAAAUUCCUCCAAGUCGAUCUCGCUGAUCUCUGCAAAUACGACAAUCUCGACGAACUGCUUCGCAACUCCCCCGCCGAUUAUCUUCCCCUGUUUGAAACUGCGGCAGCUGAAGUUCUGGCCAGUUUGAGAUCGAAAGUUGCUGGAGAGACCGGAGAAAUGGAGGAACCAGAGACUGGGGAGGUGCAGAUUUUGCUGAAUUCUGAUGAGGAUCCGGUGUCGAUGAGAUCUCUUGGGGCGCCAUAUAUAUCGAAACUGGUUAAGAUAUCUGGGAUUACUAUUGCUGCAUCGAGGACUAAGGCAAAGGCGACUUAUGUGACUUUGUUGUGUAAGAAUUGUAAGAAUGUGAAGACUGUUCCAUGUCGUCCAGGGCUUGGCGGGGCAAUUGUGCCGCGAUCAUGUGAUCAUAUAGCUCAGCCUGGGGAAGAACCGUGUCCGAUUGAUCCCUGGAUUGUGGUUCCAGAUAAAAGCAAGUAUGUUGAUCAACAGACCCUGAAGUUGCAGGAAAAUCCUGAGGAUGUCCCUACUGGUGAGCUACCAAGGAAUAUGCUUCUUUCUGUCGAUCGUCAUCUUGUUCAAACAAUUGUACCUGGUACAAGAUUGACCAUAAUGGGGAUUUAUAGUAUCUUUCAAGCUGCUAAUUCAUCCACGUCCCACAAAGGGGCAGUUGCAAUUAGACAACCUUAUAUAAGGGUUGUAGGAAUAGAAGAAGCUAAUGAGGCUGACUCCCGGUGUCCGGCAAACUUCACAGCAGAAGAGAUAGAAGAAAUAAAAAAAUUUGCCUCAGAAGGAAAUGCAUAUCAAAACAUAUGCUCCAAGAUUGCUCCAUCUAUCCUUGGCCAUGAUGAUGUGAAGAAAGCUGUGGCUUGUCUUUUGUUUGGAGGAUCAAGGAAGACUUUACCAGAUGGUGUGAGGUUAAGAGGUGAUAUAAAUGUGUUGCUUUUGGGAGAUCCAUCUACUGCUAAAUCACAGUUUCUCAAGUUUGUGGAGAAGACAGCUCCAAUAGCUGUAUAUACUUCUGGAAAAGGCUCAUCAGCUGCUGGUCUUACUGCUUCCGUAAUUCGAGACAGCAGCUCUCGCGAAUUUUACUUGGAAGGAGGGGCUAUGGUUUUGGCAGAUGGAGGUGUUGUCUGUAUUGAUGAAUUUGACAAAAUGAGACCAGAAGACAGAGUUGCUAUUCAUGAAGCCAUGGAGCAGCAAACCAUUUCAAUUGCCAAAGCAGGAAUAACGACUGUUCUCAAUUCUAGAACAUCUGUGCUUGCAGCAGCUAAUCCUCCAUCAGGGCGUUACGAUGAUCUCAAGACUGCUCAAGACAACAUUGAUUUGCAGACUACAAUUCUUUCAAGAUUUGAUCUAAUCUUCAUUGUGAAAGAUAUUAGGAUGUACAGUCAAGACAAGAGUAUAGCUAGUCAUAUAAUCAAACUCCAUGCCUCUGCCGGUGCAACCAUGGGUGACACUAAAACGUCUAAAGAAUAUAACUGGCUGAAAAGGUAUAUACAAUACUGUCGAACUGAAUGCCACCCCCGUCUGUCAGAUUCUGCAGCCACAAUGUUGCAGGAGAGUUAUGUUAAAAUUAGACAGGACAUGAGGCGACAGUCAAAUGAAACUGGAGAGGUAGCUGCAAUACCAAUUACCGUGAGGCAGCUGGAAGCUAUAGUAAGGUUGAGUGAAGCACUUGCAAAAAUGACACUGUCCCAUGUUGCAAAUGAUAACCAUGUAAUAGAAGCUAUCAGGCUUUUCAACAAUGCCACUAUGGAUGCAGCAAGGUCAGGAAUCAAUCAGCACAUAAAUCUUACUCCUGAGAUGGCAAAUGAGAUAAAGCAAGCAGAAACCCAAAUAAAGAGAAGAAUGGGCAUUGGAAGCCACAUAUCAGAGAGACGAUUGAUUGAUGAUCUUAGCAGGAUGGGGAUGAAUGAAUCGAUUGUUAGAAGAGCUCUACUAAUCAUGCAUCAGAGAGAUGAGGUUGAAUACAAGCGAGAAAGGCGCGUUAUUGUUCGUAAAGCGUAAUGUUUUGUAUUAACCUCUAACAAUGCAAUGAUUUUAAGUUAUAGUGCCUCUACAUUGGGUGGGAAGAAGCAUCUAUUUGCAGCUUCAAUGUUUUUUGUUUCUUUUUUUAAAUGAGCACUGACUUCCAUUUGUAAUGAUAUGAAUGCCAUUCAGUGAUGCACAAGGGGCCACUUUUAGAGUAAUUUCUGGUGGACUCCAAAUUUGAAAUUAGAGAAAAAUUAAAGUUUGAGAAUUGCAUUGGUCAA